GUGGAACCCCAGCGUCAGGGGGAGGAGGAAAGGCUCAUCCGCCCAACCAGAGCUUGUCUGCCCGCUGCGUGCUCCCCCCACAGAUGUAAUGCUCUCACAAAGGAACUGAAGUUCAAAUAAGGCUGCUUCGCCUCGCGGAAAAUGAUGGACUCACGAUUUUAAAACCAGAAUGCCGAGCUCUCUCCUAUCGAAAGGAAGCCUGUGUCUCAGACAGUAACACUGUACAGACACAUGGCCAAGCUGUGAGAAGUCUUAAAACAACAACGACGACGAAAGGGAUCUAUUUUUGUAGAACAUCGAGAUAUUUGCUUAUUGAACUCCAGUGCAGCAUACAAAGCUAUUCAGCGACGGAGGACUUGUGUGUAUGAUACCAACAGCCAAGUGAGAUGUCACAGCUCGUACGGACAAGCGGUUCUGAUAAGCUUUGAUGAAAGCACACUGAGGACAGAAGAAAGAAGACGGAGGAGGCAGGGACUGUGGCAGUAAUGAAGUCCAGGAUGAGAAGCAGCUGUUAAUUUCAGCUGGUAAAAUACUUCACUCACUGAAAUAUCACCUAUUUUAUGAAGUUCUUUGAAGAAGAAAAUUUGACCAGAAAUAGAGGAUCAUGAUGACAACAAGAUUCAUCUGUUUAAUGCUUAUAGCUGCUGUAGGAACUGCUGCUAGCAAAACACAAGAACCUGAAGACAAUAAUGAGGAAGGAGAACAAGAGUUCAUUUAUACAAACAGAUACAAGCGUUCCAGUGAUGCACAGGACAAAUGCACUUACACCUUUAUAGUACCUCAGCAGAGAGUGACAGGUGCCAUCUGCGUGAACUCUAAGGAACCUGAGGUUCUCCUUGAAAACAGGGUAAAUAAACAAGAAUUACAGUUACUUAACAAUGAACUCCUUAAACAAAAGAGACAAAUAGAAACUCUCCAGCAACUGGUAGAGGUAGAUGGUGGGAUUGUUAAUGAGGUCAAGCUCUUAAGAAAAGAGAGCAGAAAUAUGAACUCUCGUGUCACACAACUCUAUAUGCAGUUAUUACAUGAGAUAAUCCGAAAGCGGGAUAAUGCCUUGGAACUUUCCCAACUUGAGAAUAAGAUUUUGAAUCAAACUGCAGACAUGCUGCAGCUUGCAAACAAAUACAAGGACUUAGAGUACAAAUACCAACAUUUGAUGUCAAUUGCAAAUAACCAGUCAAUAAUAAUUAACCAGCUAGAAGAAUACUGUCAAAGAAUGCCAUCCAUAAAGCCUCUGCCACAAACUCCACAACCGCCAAGCAAAGCGUACCAGCCUCCUACUUAUAACCGUAUGAUUAACCAGAUAUCUACUAACGAGAUUCAGAGUGAUCAGAACUUAAAGGUUCUGCCACCAACCUUACCAACCAUGCCUGCAGUUACUAGUAUUCCCACUUCAACUGAUAAACCAUCUGGACCCUGGAGAGAUUGUCUACAAGCAUUAGAAGAUGGCCAUGACACAAGCUCCAUCUAUCUUGUAAAACCAGAAAACACAAACCGACUUAUGCAGGUCUGGUGUGAUCAGCGGCACGACCCCGGUGGCUGGACAGUCAUUCAAAGACGGCAGGAUGGUUCUGUCAAUUUUUUCAGAAACUGGGAGACAUACAAGCAAGGAUUUGGUAAUAUAGACGGAGAAUAUUGGCUCGGCUUAGAAAACAUUUAUUGGUUAACAAAUCAAGGCAACUACAAACUGCUCAUAACAAUGGAAGACUGGUCAGGUCGAAAAGUUUUUGCUGAGUAUGCCAGCUUCAGACUGGAGCCAGAAAGUGAGUAUUACAAGCUGAGAUUGGGACGCUACAACGGCAAUGCAGGAGACUCUUUCACUUGGCACAAUGGUAAACAGUUCACCACGCUGGACCGGGACCACGAUGUAUACACAGGUAACUGUGCACAUUACCAAAAGGGAGGAUGGUGGUACAAUGCGUGCGCUCAUUCAAAUCUCAAUGGAGUUUGGUAUCGUGGUGGUCACUACCGCAGUCGGUAUCAGGAUGGCGUUUACUGGGCUGAAUUCAGGGGAGGAUCGUACUCACUGAAGAAAGUUGUUAUGAUGAUAAGACCUAACCCCAACACAUUCCACUGAAAUAAUUUUUCUCUUGGCAAGCUUUCUCGUUCUGUUUUAAAAAACAUGUAAAGCUAUGCUUUUAUUACCUGGAAUUAUUUUUUCAGAAAUAAGGAAUGUAAAAUAUUGUACAUUUAUUGCUAAGAUGUGAGGGCUUGUAUAUUGUGUUACCAAGAAUCAUUCCAGGAAAAUAAAAGCUGAAGAAAAAAGGAAGCGACAUAAAAUUCAAAACACCUCUUUAUACUAAAAGUUGUGAUAUUAAGCCUUUUAGAAUUGACAUGUGAGAUGGACUGUAGAUAGAUUUUCUGUUUUUUAUUCCCUGUAAAUUAAAUUUGGAUGCUAAAAUUACUGCCACAACAUUUAAAUAUUUUGAAUAUUAUAUUAUGUAUAAAUAUUCUCAAUUUACAAACUGUACAGCAAGAGUUUUAUUAUUAUUAUUAUUAUUAUUAUUAUGAGCAAUUACUUGACACAGGAAAUCAUAUCCUUUGAACUAUGUAGCUGGUAUAUGUACAGCAGUGUGAUUAUUCUAACUUAAUCUUUGUUAAUUCACAUUAAUAAAAUUAGUACUAUAUAACUUGAAUUUGUGAGCAGAUAUUCAAAUCAUUACUAUUGUGAUAAACCCAGUCUUUCCCCUUCACCUUGAGAAUUUAACAAUCUGCUCCUAUAAAUCAGAAUUCGCAUUUGAUUCAAGUAUUUCAGAUGAAAAAUUAGGUUUUUUUCUUCUUUUUUAAUCGAAAUGAAGUAGCUGCACAAGUAAACUAAUCUAGAUUUACUAUGGAUAUAACAUGCUGUAUAGCUGAUGUGUUAUACUAUGUUAUACAACUGCUCCAUGAUCAGAAAUGACUGGAUUAAAGGGACUAUCCAACUUUGCAGGAAAAUGAGGGAUACCAAUAUAUAAGCUAUUUAAUAUUUUUAGCCAGUAGAUAGAAGUUAUAUAAAGAAGUUAUCUGUAGCCAUAAACAGUUAUUUGCCAUAUUUCAUAAUGAUACUGAUUUCAAAUUAUUAUACAGAUUUACUCAUCUAUAUUUAGAGUUCAGUCACGCCUAUGACAUAUGGACUCAUACAAUUCAAAUAUUCUCCUGUGAUAGGUUUUUAAAGAUUGUUACAACACCCCUUAUAAAAUAGAAACAACUAUGACAAAUGUAGGUUAAGGAACAAAUGUAUGAGGGAAAGCAAAAGCCCCCAGAAAUUCAACACAUCUUUUGGUAAGCUUGCAAGACACAGGGUGCUUUUGUUUGCACAUCUUUUCCCUCUUUACCUCAUCACUUCUUUACAAAGUUAUGAUGUGCAUUAAACUGAUGUACCAUAUGUUGUAUAUAACCGAAAGCAGGGUUUUUAAUAAGUAAGAUUACACCUGUAAUAUUGUAAUCCUUUAAUAAAGCAACAAAUGUUAUUUUGACAC